UCCCAGACUUCCUACAGAUGACUUACUGUAGGAGAUAAGAGGUGGUGAGGGAGGAGAGGAAACCAACCGUGCGGCGGACAAGACAAAUGGAAUGCGGCCUUAGUCGAGGCUCUCUCUCUCUCUCUCGCUCUCUCUCUCUCUGCCCCCCUCCUCACCAACGGUGUUUGUAGUUUGCAUCAUCGCGGUGUCUCGGUCAUUCAGUUUAUUCUGGAAUAGCAAACAGUUUGUGCAACAGUCGUCGUUACGGGUAAAUAGCGCCGUCAACAAAGCCAUGAGUGUCGAGGCGUACGGGCCGAGCUCGCAGACUCUGACGUUCCUCGACACCGAGGAAGCCGAGCUGCUGGGAGCGGACACCCAGGGCUCCGAGUACGACUUCACCGACUUCACCCUGCCGAGCCAGACCCAGACCGCAGGCCAGACCCGCAGCCAGCUGGACAGCCAGGUUAAUGGCCCUGACGGCGUACUGCAGAAUGGGGACACACAUGUCCUAAAAGCCGGUCAGCUGCUGGCCGAGUUGAACUUUGAGGAGGAUGAGGAGGACACGUACUACACCAAAGAUCUACCUCUCCAUGCCUGCAGUUACUGUGGUAUUCAUGAUCCAGCCUGUGUGGUCUACUGUAACACCAGCAAGAAAUGGUUUUGUAAUGGUCGCGGAAACACUUCCGGCAGCCACAUUGUGAACCAUCUGGUGAGAGCAAAGUCCAAGGAGAUGACCUUGCAUAAAGAUGGCCCUCUGGGGGAAACAGUAUUGGAGUGUUACAACUGUGGCUGUCGCAAUGUCUUCCUCCUGGGUUUCAUCCCUGCUAAAGCCGACUCAGUGGUGGUACUACUGUGCCGGCAGCCAUGUGCCAGCCAGAGCAGCUUGAAGGACAUCAACUGGGACAGCUCGCAGUGGCAGCCUCUCAUUCAGGACCGUUGCUUCCUGUCCUGGCUGGUGAAAAUCCCUUCAGAGCAGGAGCAGCUCAGGGCUCGUCAGAUCACCGCCCAGCAGAUCAACAAACUUGAAGAACUGUGGAAGGAAAAUCCCACUGCGAGCUUAGAGGACCUGGAGAAGCCUGGUGUGGAUGAGGAGCCCCAACAUGUGCUGCUCCGCUAUGAGGAUGCCUACCAGUACCAGAACAUCUUUGGUCCUCUCGUGAAGCUGGAGGCUGACUAUGAUAAAAAACUUAAAGAGUCUCAGACUCAGGACAACAUCACUGUCAGAUGGGACUUGGGCCUGAAUAAAAAAAGGAUUGCUUAUUUCACUCUUCCCAAGACCGACUCAGACAUGCGACUGAUGCAGGGAGAUGAAAUUUGCCUGAGGUACAAAGGAGACCUGGCCGCUCCAUGGAAAGGCAUUGGACACGUCAUCAAAGUCCCCGACAACUAUGGGGAUGAAAUUGCCAUAGAGCUGAGGAGCAGUGCCGGGGCUCCAGUGGAGAUCCCACACAAUUUUCAGGUCGACUUUGUGUGGAAGUCCACUUCCUUUGACAGGAUGCAGAGUGCCCUGAAGACGUUUGCAGUGGAUGAAACUUCAGUGUCUGGUUACAUUUACCACAAGCUGCUGGGACAUGAGGUAGAAGAUGUGGUCAUCAAGUGUCAGCUGCCCAAACGCUUCACUGCUCAAGGCCUCCCCGACCUUAACCACUCACAGGUGUACGCUGUGAAGACCGUGCUGCAGCGUCCUCUCAGUCUGAUCCAAGGUCCUCCUGGCACGGGGAAGACUGUAACCUCUGCGACUGUCGUCUACCACCUGGCCAGACAGGGCAACGGGCCAGUGCUGGUGUGCGCUCCCAGUAACAUUGCUGUCGACCAGCUGACUGAGAAGAUCCAUCAGACAGGCCUCAAGGUUGUGAGGCUGUGUGCUAAGAGCAGGGAGGCUAUCGACUCGCCUGUGUCCUUCCUGGCUCUGCACAACCAGACCCGUAACAUGGAGAGUAUGCCAGAACUUCAGAAGCUCCAACAGCUGAAGGACGAGGCUGGAGAGCUGUCCUCCUCUGACGAGAAGCGAUACAGAGCUCUGAGACGCACUGCAGAGAGGGAGCUGCUUAUGAACGCCGAUGUGAUCUGCUGUACCUGUGUCGGGGCGGGGGAUCCUCGUCUGGCCAAGAUGCAGUUCCGCUCAAUCCUUAUUGAUGAGAGCACCCAGGCCACUGAACCCGAGUGCAUGGUGCCCGUCGUCCUGGGGGCCAAACAGUUGAUUCUGGUAGGUGAUCACUGCCAGCUGGGCCCUGUGGUGAUGUGUAAGAAGGCGGCCAAAGCAGGUCUGUCCCAGUCUCUGUUUGAGCGUCUGGUAGUUUUGGGCAUCCGGCCAAUCCGUCUGCAGGUCCAGUACCGCAUGCAUCCGGCCCUCAGCGCCUUCCCCUCCAACAUCUUCUAUGAGGGCUCUCUGCAGAAUGGAGUCACUGCUGCGGACCGUGUGAAGAAGGGAUUUGACUUCCAGUGGCCGCAGCCUGACAAGCCCAUGUUCUUUUAUGUCACCCAAGGUCAAGAGGAAAUAGCGAGCUCUGGAACAUCUUAUCUCAACAGGACUGAGGCCGCCAAUGUGGAGAAAAUAACCACAAGGUUGCUGAAAGCUGGAGCAAAACCUGACCAGAUUGGCAUCAUUACACCUUAUGAGGGACAAAGGUCCUACCUGGUUCAGUACAUGCAGUUCAGUGGCUCCCUCCAUACCAAACUCUACCAGGAGGUGGAAAUAGCCAGCGUGGACGCCUUUCAAGGCAGAGAGAAAGACUUCAUUAUUCUGUCCUGUGUGAGGGCCAAUGAGCACCAGGGCAUCGGCUUCCUCAAUGAUCCCAGGCGUCUCAACGUGGCACUCACCAGAGCCAGGUAUGGUGUGAUUAUUGUGGGAAACCCCAAAGCCCUGUCCAAGCAGCCUCUGUGGAACCACCUGUUGAACUACUACAAGGAACAGAAGGUCCUGGUUGAAGGUCCCCUGAACAAUCUGAGGGAGAGCCUCAUGCAAUUCAGCAAGCCCCGCAAGCUGGUCAACACCAUCAACCCAGGGGGGCGAUUUAUGAGCACAGCCAUGUAUGAUGCCCGAGAAGCCCUCAUUCCUGGAUCUGUUUACGACCGCAGCAGUAACGGACGUUCGUCCAACAUGUAUUUCCAGACCCACGACCAGAUCGGUAUGAUCGGCACAGGCCCCAGUCCCAUGACUUCCCUGAACAUCCCCAUCCCCUUCAACCUUGUGAUGCCCCCCAUACCUCCACCUGGGUACAUAAGACAGGUCAAUGGGCCCUCAGCAGGCCGUGGUGGAGGAAUGAAAGGCAAGGCAGGCAGUGGAGGAGGAGGAGGUACUCGAGGUGGUCGUCAAAGAAACCGCGGCAACAUGGGAAACCACAGUGGAGGAAAUGGAGGGGCCGACCGGCAUGGAGGCCACAUGAGUGGCAGUCAGGCCAGCCAGGAUCUGGGCUCUCAGCCCUUCUCUCAGGGUCCUCUGACGCAGGGCUACAGCAACAUGAGCCAGCCGUCCCAGAUGAGCCAGCAGGGACUCUCCCAGCCUGAGCUUUCACAGGACAGUUACCUAGGAGAUGAGUUCAAGUCCCAGAUUGACGUGGCUUUGUCCCAGGACUCCACCUACCAGGGGGAGCGGGCCUACCAACACGGUGUGACUGGACUGUCUCAGUACUAGACUGUUGCUGGAAAGGAGCUAGGCGUAUGUGGAGCUUAGUUCAAUGGCAUUUUAUUCUGGGUAGUAAGAAAAAAACAAUAACAGACAUGGAUACCCGUUUUCCACUGCUACACCCGAAGCACUACUGUGUAAAAGUAACUGGAGAGAGACCGUGCGAAACCAACCAAUCACACGAGGGAGAGCAACAGUGGGAGUAGAGCUGGACAGGAAGACGGCAAGAGACGAGGGAGUGUCAGGCUGGUGGAGGAGAGGAGGCCCUGCUGUCGUUGUCGGAGCAACGCAGUCGGAAGGCGAGACCUUCGACAGGUCAAGGAGGGCGGAUGGUCCGACCCAUUCUGGAGGGGAAGAAAGGGAGCGGGGGGGGGGGCUGCUGUGUCACCUUGUCCAACGUGCGCCCCUAAACCCUCUGUCAUCUCUGAGCGGUACGAUCGUGAAUCCUGCUCCCGAGGCUGAGAAAGAUGGAGAAAACGUACAUACGUCCUCCGAGCUUACUCUUGGAGAGUUGGCGAGAAAACAAUAGGGGACACAACUCUUGAAGUGGUUGAUAUGGCAACUAUUGAAUUCAAAGGCUUGAAUUGAGGCACUGCAUUUGAUUGCACCCAGGAGAGAAGAGUGUAGUAACGCUGUACGGAUAUUCAAGUGAAGGGAACAUUGCUGGUGGUGUUGUGCUUCAAGGAGAUCUAAUGAUACACCAAGAGUACAAAGCCACGGAUCAUCAUUCAAAUUUUAAGCCUGAAAGUUUUCUGAACACAGGCUGUUUUUAUUUAGGUAGAACUUCGUGAUGCAAGCGAGAGGAGGCAAGCAGGCAGGGCUACUCUUGAGCAGAAAUGGCUAAAUCAAAUAAGCCAAAUCAAUAAGGCACUUAUUUAAGUAAAAAAAACAUAAUCACUGUUUAAGUGAUUUAAGAAAUCACUUUUAUAAAAUAAAAGAAAGCCACAUGAUUGCAUCUUAAAACACAAUAGCCCAAAUAGAACAUUUAUUUAUUUACUGUUUUGGAUCUUUUGCGAAGCAUUAAAACAUAUAUCAAAUUGUGACACUUUUGCAAGUAGUGGUGCAUCAUGUAAUGAGCUGAAAAGUUAGUUCAAUGUUAGUGUGUGUUUGGUAAGUUCUUUUUUCACAUGCUGGGACACUGGUGAUGUUUCUGAGCUUAUAUUAUUAUCUAUAUUUAUUAAUAAUCAGAAUUCGCUGAAGAAAUCCUUGGCAUAAAUGUAACGAUGACGAGUUACUUCACCUCCAACCUGGAGCUGGUUCGAAUGAGCAUACAAAGCACUCGCUCAAAAACGGUUGCCGCAGGGAUUGCAAAUAUACAUUUCUGGGGGAAAAAGUGUCGAAUAAUGAAUUACUAAACAGCGGAGUGGAGUGGGGGGUGGUGGUAUUGGCCACUUUCAGCUGUGCAGAUGGUGCAUUUUACUGCAUAGGACAUAGAAUGACUUGUACUUGUAGGGUCACCAUUAUGAGCUAGCUAGUUGUUGCCAUAUUUUAAGUCUAUUUGUCUUUUGAAGGAUAAUACCAAUAAAGGACUGCAUCCUUCAUUAACACACAUACAGUAGCAUGUCCUGUGUAAGAACUCUUUGUUUUCCUAUCCUACUUUUUUUUCUAUGAACAUUUCUGACUUGUUUAGAAGUGAGAGUUUUGUGUAUGUGCUGAUUGAUAUGAGUAGUUAAACAAUAGUGCUCACUAAAAGUAUCCUGUUGAUCAUCCUGUACAAUUAAAGUUUGCUCAUUUUAUUUAUUUGUAAGUCCUUCAGCUUGACUCCCUUGUUAUAUGUCAGAUUUUGCUUUUCACUCAUGUUGCCGAUGGAUCGACAGACAUCCCAUUAUUACCAUGUAAUCCUCUCUCCAAUCCGAACUACAACAUUGUAUUACAGCAGCAGACCUUGAUGGGCCGCAGUGUGAUUCUUGAGAAGACUCUUUUUUUUUUUUUUUUCUUUUUGAUGAGACCCGGGGCCUCAUUGGCUGCAGGCCGGCUGACACACUUAGUCUGCGGAGCCAGCAGGUGGUACCCUACUCUACCGCCGGCUGCUCCAACAGCUGACAACUCGAGCAGGAGAGGACGGGAAGCCACCUCCGGAGACGAGGUCAGAGGCGGCUUCUUUAUCCGGGAGGAGAGGGACACACGGCGGACCGCGCUCGCUCCGGACACCGAGGUAAGCCGUUCCUCCUCCGCCGGGGUUGUGACGCGGCGGGCCCCCCCCACCUCCCACCGGAGAGGUGACCGGUGGCCGGGACGGUGCGCACACUUUGCGGGUUGCAGCAGUGAACCCCCCCCCCCCCUUGGAGAAUAAAUCCAUCUGGUAUCUCGGAUUGCGAUAAAAAGAGACUGGGACACAGACAGCAGCGCGGAUUUAUUGUUGCAAACAACACGGACUUCCUCCGAAAUGGG